AUGGUACCUUCACAUGACCAAAUAGCAGAAAACAGCCGGACAAUUGAGCUCUCGAGAAUCUCAAAUACAGGGUUAAGACGGAAGGAAGCCAUGACUUCGAAACGGAUUCGAUGGACUGACAAGAUCGAGAACAUGAAGGGAUGGAAACAAGCAAGUGCGAAAGGAUUAAUCUCAAAGGGGCCAAACAAGCUCAGCCCGGACUCUGGCCAAGGGAACUUGGAACCACGGGCGAGGACAGCGAGACUGCCAACCUCGAGAGACCACAUCACCCGGAUACCAUCCUACUCCAGGAGGUUAACCCAGACAGCUCAUGCCCGGCCUGUCUCGCAGGUCACAGAACCCCAACCCCGACAGUACUGGCUCGGGAGGUUCGUCACCCUCAUCAAUGCGUUCCACUACGAGGACUCCUUCGACCAGCCAGACAUUGCGACGGGGUUUGGCAUGCUCUCCAGCUACUCUCGUCCGUUGGGACAUUCGGAUUCGGACCUAGCAGGCUACCGCAUCAAGCGCGCUUUUAUGGUCCUCGAAAACGUCUGUACAACGGAGGAAGCAGGUGCAAGUCUUCGAAUUUUCCGAGAUGAGUAUGUCAGAAUCAAUGGGGAUUGGUGGAUGUUGUAG